AUGACUCUCAAUCGAUUCCUAGGAGGGGCUGCUCUUAUCUUUGAAGUUAUUUGGAAAGAUAGAAACUCAAUCCUCCACGGAAAACAACCUAUCCCUUUGAAAGUGCGAAUUGACCUUAUAAAUAGCAGGCUGUGGGAGUUGGACUCUAUUCAGGAGUGCACCGACCCCCUCAAAACUGAGUGGACUCCACCUCCGGAAGGGUGGAUUGCUUGUAAUUCUGAUGUGGCCAUUGGUCAAUCUCAGUCUACGGGGGCAGCUGUACUUAGAGACACUUAUGGAACUAUCCUCGGCAUCUCAACGUUCAAAUCACACUUCAGUGACCCGCUGCCAGGGGAGGUAGAAGCUAUAUGCGAAGGUGCGGCAACAGCCAUAAACCUCGGCUUCAAAAAUGUCAUCUUCCAGAGUGAUUCGCUGAACGCAGUCAGCGCAAUGAAAAGCAGGAAUUCUGAUGUCCAAAAGCUGCACUUCAACAUUCAAGACAAGGUAAAGAAGUUCAUCGAUCUCUCGGCGAAAUUCAACCUUCAAGACGUCAUCUGGACCCCUCGUUCCUGCAAUAGUGUGGCCCACUCUGUGGCUCAAUGGGCAAACCGAAACAACAUGUUUGGAGUUUUGGAUUUGCCCAAUUUUGAUGAUUUCCUGCAGCUGAUUGCUGCAGAUGGUCAUACUCGGCAUUAG